GCCAGUUACACACGACGCACGUAAAAAUUUGUAUGGUGAUCCAAUAUAGUGAUUCGAACACAAAAAUUAUUUAUCCUUUGCCUAAAUUUUAAGAUUAUAAUUAUAUUAGAGAAAUUAAAUUAAUUUAUUGCAUAAAGAUAGCAAACAUAUUUAAAAAUUAUGAAGUAUAAGCAUAUCGUUAUCGUCGGUGCAUCACUGAUUACAACACUCUGCUUGCUUUCUGGACUAAUGUACUACCUCAAUCAAGACAAAUGUCCCAUCGGUACCUUCCUGUGUCUCAACAGUACCAUGUGUAUGCCGCAACGUAGCUGGUGCAACGGUGUACCGGAUUGUCCGCAUAGCGACGAUGAAUCCACAGAAAAUUGCUUUGACAUGCACGGAAACUGGGAUUGGUUUAUGAAAGAAAGAGAUUGGGGAAACUCAGAGAAUUGCGAUACAUUUGACACUCCAGCUGAAUGCAUUUACCACGCGUGUCGUGCGACUUGUACGAAUUAUACCGAUGUGCCCAAGAACCUGUCACCGAACGUAACAGCAAUUUUCCUAACUGACAACUCGCUCACGCACUUAUCUCGCAACGCGUUAUCGAGAUAUCCGGAGAUACGCUUGUUAUAUCUCGAUAAUAACGAUAUAGUCAAGUUAGAAAAAGAGGUUUUUCACCAUCAAUCUAAAUUGUUUUGGUUAAUUCUCACAAAUAAUAGCAUCAGCGAGAUCCUACCGGGGCAUCUAACGGGACUGAAUAAAUUAGAGACUCUGCUACUGGAUCAAAAUAAAAUUGUGACGGCAGAUUUUUCUGACUUGGAAGACAGCACUGCUGCGUACUUGAUUAGAAAUCUGAGUAAGAACAUGUUAACGACGUCCGCGUUGAAGCUACCACGAUUGCCAGUGUUGACAGAAAUAAUAUUGGACGGAAACCACUUCGAGGCGAUAACGGAAGAUCUAUUCGCCGGAUGCCCCGCUUUGAAAUCACUGAGUAUGGAGGACAAUAGCGUAAGCAGCAUCGACGAGAACGCGUUUCGGAAUUUGCAACAACUUGUUGAGCUCAACUUGGCAUACAACAGGAUAGUCACGAUACCGUCAAACGUGUUCCAGCCUGUGAAUAAUCUGUCGAAGUUAUUAAUCGGUUACAAUCCUGUCGUCGAGUUAUCAAUGACGCUUUUUGAUCCAUUGAGUAAUCUCCGUUCUCUAAGUGUCGAGGACAUAAACAUGGACAAUAUGGAUAAAAACGCAUUCGACGCGUUUCCAAGACUCGACUUUGUAUAUUUCAAGAAAUUUCAUUAUUGCAUGACUUACGCACCGAAGGUGCAAAAAUGCAGACCUACUAGCGAUGGUGUAUCAUCGAUGUCUCAUUUGCUGGACAAGCCUCUGUUAAGGACUGCCGUUUGGAGCAUAUCUUGUGUCACUUGUCUCGGUAAUAGCCUCGUUCUGUGGGGAAGAUUCACCGCAAAAGAUGAGAAUCGCGUUUUGAGUAUCAUUAUCAGAAAUCUCGCAGUGUCCGACAUGUUGAUGGGAAUAUACCUCUUCAUAAUCGCCAUAGAAGACGCGAGGUUCCGCGAUAACUACAAAGAGGAAGCGAAUACGUGGAUGUCCUCAUGGCCCUGCACACUCCUUGGAGCAUUGGCGAUGACAUCAUCCGAGGUUUCCGUGCUCAUCCUGUCAUUUAUGUCCGUGGAGCGAUUUAUUCUGAUCGCAGCACCUUUGAAGUGUCAUCGCGCCAUGACAUCUCAAGCUGCAUCCUCAUCGAUGAUCGUCAUCUGGAUUGUCGGAUUUAUCAUCGCGCUCGUGCCAGUUAUCCAUUGGAGAAGCAGCACACGAUUCUACGGUGUCAAUGGAAUGUGCUUUCCUCUACACAUUGACGAUCCGUAUCUGAUAGGCUGGGAAUACUCAGCCUUUAUCUUUCUGGGACUUAAUCUCAUCGGAUUGAUGAUUAUCGGUUACGUUUACGUUGCCAUGUUCACCAGCAUCUGGAGAACGCGCCGUGCCACGCCGUUGUCGGUCGGCGAUUCCGAGUUCGCCCUCAGGUUCUUCCUAAUUGUGUUGACAGACGCGGCAUGUUGGGCACCGAUUAUAGCGUUGAAAAUUCUCGCCAUGAUGAAAUAUCCCGUGCCACCCGAUUUACACGCCUGGGUAGUGAUUUUCAUUCUGCCGGUGAAUAGCGCGGUCAAUCCCUUGUUGUACACUUUUACCACGCCGAAAUUUCGCGAAAGGCUCAACGAGGGUUGGCUCGGAAAAGUGCGUAGUUACGUAUCGAGGGAACAUUCCAGACAAGAUUCGCAGGCAUCAGCCAGUACCAAUAAAACCGUGAUUACCGAUAGGAACAUGAUACAACCCACUUGGAACGAAUUUGAUGACGACAGAAAAAGAACGCCGCCUUUGCUUGAUUUGAACGAUGAAAACACUCGAUCCGAGAGGCGGGACUGAGAUUUAGUAAUUUUCAUUGAGAUUUAUUAAUUACAUAUAUCAUGCUUCUGUAUUAAAUAUUACAUAAACGGUGCUGAUAUUCGUGUGCAUUGCCGAGCCGAUAGGUUGUAAUUACCAUAUAAAUGAACUAUAAAUCUUUAUAGCAUACAUAUCUAUGGUAUAGAUAAUGGACGACUAGCUUAGAACUAACAGUAGUGAGAAAUUUUAUUAACUGUGGUGACCAUUGAAGAAGAAAAUCUUUAUGAACGGAAAGAUUGUAAUGUAAUUUAAAUUGAACUCAAUUUGUAUUACGUCACGCCAAAGAAACUUUCAAUAAUAAUGCUACAGAGAAUGAUUA